CGCGGCACCGGUAGUGGUGGGCGGGGUCUAACUCUCGUAUUAUAAGUUCAAUUUGUUGACAUCGGGAAUGACUCGGCGAAAAGAACGCCUUCACUUGUGCAAGAUCCUGCAAUGCAAGAGAUUUUACUCUGUUUUAUGCUAUCCAUUGUACCAGUAUACUGCAUAGAAAAUCAGGACAAAUAUUCAGUCGUCCAGCUGGACUCUUCACCUACCAAGUUCCACUUUGCAUCAGGCAACCUCUCCACUAACAAGAUGGCUGAUGAAGGUUUACCAAGGAAGGUGGUCAAGUCUGUAUUGAGCGUUGAACAGUCCGAGGGUGUUGGUGCCAAAGUCAGACGGAGCGUCGGCAGACCUGAGCUUCGUAACCUGGAUCCUUUCCUGUUACUUGAUGAAUUCAGGGUUGCAGCUCCAGCUGGUUUCCCAGAUCAUCCACACAGAGGCUUUGAAACAGUGACAUACAUGAUAACAGGAUCAGGAACUCAUGAAGAUUUUGCAGGUCAUAAAGGAGUCAUGCAUGCAGGAGAUCUUCAGUGGAUGACUGCUGGCCGGGGUAUUGUCCACUCUGAGAUGCCCAAUGGAAAUGAUACUUCCCAUGGUCUUCAACUAUGGGUCAAUCUGGCCAAAGAAUUCAAGAUGGUGGAACCAGAAUAUCAAGAACUCCAAGCAAAGAAUAUUCCUCUUGGUCAGAAGGAUGGUGUGUCUGUAAAAGUCAUUGCUGGUGAAGCACUGGGUAAAAAGGCCAAGGUACGAACCAGAACACCUACUACAUACCUUGAUUUCACAUUUGGAAGUGGAUCAAAGCUCAGACAGCCAGUCACUAAAGGUCACACAGCCCUAGUAUACAUCCUAUCUGGGAAGGCUCAGUUUGGAACUGGAGAAGACAAGAAAGAAGGGGAACCACACAAUACUCUUGUUCUGUCUGAUGGAGACUUCUUGGAGGUGGAGAAUACGGGAAGUGAAGCGUGCCGUUUUGUGCUGAUAACAGGGAAACCACUGAAUGAACCGAUUGUCCAAUAUGGUCCCUUUGUGAUGAACACUGAUGAUGAAAUACAACAGGCAAUCUCAGACUAUCGCACUGCAAGGAAUGGAUUUGAGAAAGCAAGAACAUGGAAAUCAGAGACAGGCAAUGCCAACCGAUAAUUUAGAAUCAUGGUAUCUGUAAAAGAUUUGAAGAGGUUUGAUUGAAUUGUAUUCUUUUCAAUUGUCAGUUUUGUCAGAGACCCAACUUCAUUCACCUACAAAAUUCAUCUUUACACUUUUAUAUAGACUGAACAAUAUAGUUCUUCAGCAUGAUUGUACAUCAAUUUUGAAAUAGAGUUAAUUUUGAUCUUGUAGUUGACAUGAUUUGCCUUGUACAUCAAAUUUUUUUAUUAUUUCACAGAACUAUUGAUGAAUGUCAUAUUUAAUUCCUAUGAAAAUUAUGGAAGAAAAGAAGAAUAGUUUGCAGAAUAGGAGACCAUUGUAUGAUUGAUCAACUUGAAUUUAUUGAAGAAGGAAUGAAAAGGUUGUGUUUAGAAAGGUGGUAUCAACUAGAAUUUUUCUUUGAGGAAAUGUGCACAGUGACUGAGUAUUUUCUACUUAAUUUCUUCAAAAUUAAAUGUUAUUCUUGUCAUCAAAUAGACUUUGAUGACCUUGUGUCGUCAACAGAUGUUAUUGUAUUCUACAUUCAUUGUUAAAUCAACUUAGGCUAAACCUAUUAUUUGUACUAAAUUAACUUGUCUUUCAUGAGGAAUUGCAGUUAUAAUGGAAAUGCAAUAUUUUUCUCAAUCAUUUUGUUCUACAUGUAAUUGUUAUUCAUUUUUUUCUUGCCCACCAAAGAUGAAAGCGAGACUAAAGGAUCCAAAUUAAAUUUGUCCCUUGUCUGGCACAAAUGCCAGUUUACCUUUGUAAGAUUCUACUGUGACUAAUAGAUUGCUCAGAUGACAGUCAAAUUUUGGUCACAGAUGCAUAGGGGGUAUGUUUAUGUUAUGAUGCUGUUGCAGGUCACAUGGUAAGGUCAAUGGUCAUUUGAGAUCAUACUUUAGUUUACCGGCAUUAUUCUCACUCUCUCUUGCCACAUAAUUUAGUGCAGAAUAUUGCAAUUGGAAGCAAACGUGAGUUAUAGAUGCACUUUGGCUGAAUUCAUGUUAUUAUACCUUCUGAGGUCACAUGGUUAAGUCAGAGGUUAUUUGAGGUCAUGGUGUUGAAGGUGACAGACAUGUUUGUGAUUUCAAGUUUCUUAACUUUUGAAUUUGUAUGAUAUCAUGUGGAUUAUUGAUUUAUGAUUAAAAUGUGGCAUACUCCUUUGCAUUCCAUUUUCUUGACCUCUAUAGUUUUUAAGUGAAAUUGCAGAAAAAACAUACCCAAAUUUACUAUAUUCCAUAAUGACAAUAAUUAAUUGAUUAUUCUUGGUGUAUUUCCACUCUGGGCCCUUUGUAAAGGCUUGGGAUGUUAUGACAAAUAAAAACUCGGUUAUAUUUUUGUUUUGUUCCAUCAAUAGCAACAUAGAGCUUUUUAACUUUUUAUAUCAUUGUCGUCUUUGGUCAUAUGCAGGAAGUUGGUUAGAUGGCCAGGCUAAAGUAUGUUUAAUUUUGAAAGCAAUGGCCUUGGUUGUAUUUAAUUUCCAAGUUUCCUUGGUUACUGAUUUAUUUAUGUCUUCAAUGUGAUAGAAAUAACUUACCAAAAAUAAACAUUUUACUCUUCAUAUUCUAAUAAUGAAAAAUUACGUUUUUUUUUAAUUUAUUCAUCACAAUGAUUAUUUUUCUUAUUUACAUUUGUGCCAGCGAAGCUAGCAUACAGUAAUUUUACAGACUAUGACCAUGCCAUAGGUACAGUCUCAAUGGAUUGGUGCAAUAAGCAAGCAGGA